CUCCCUGCCUCUUGGAUGAAAGGAACAAGACGAUUGACUCGGACUUGCAAUGCAGAUGAGCAUCGCAGAGGAUUUUUACGCUCUGCAAAAAAUCUUCACUUUAAUCCAACUUCUAUGCGAAAUGGGAGACGUUCUAUUAUUUGAUCUUGGGAGAGAUCCACGAUAACUUUCCAGAUUUAAGGGUUUCUAACAUUCCCUGAAUUGACACCACCAGAGAGUAGAGACGCAUCGUCGAAUUGAUAGGACCAUGGACAGCGUUGGAGCCGCGCAAGAUCGCAAAGUCUGAUAAACCUCGAUCAGAAGGAGGUUCCGGACCUUCCCAAAAACCUCACAGAUGAGUUUCUCCGAUCCUCUAACAGAGGAUCUCAACCUGUCCUCAACCAUGUGCUCCCCCGUCACCAACCUGUCCCUCAACUCCUCCGAGGUGGACAGCGAGCCCUUCUGGGGCGGCAGCACCGUGGUCACAGCCGUCGUCUCGCUCACCGUCUUCGUGGUGGGUCUCCUUGGCAACACGCUGGCCAUCUACGUGGUCCUGCGUUACGCCAAGAUGAAGACAGUCACCAACAUGUACAUUCUCAACCUGGCCCUGGCUGACGAAAUCUACAUCUUGGGCAUCCCUAUACUCACCACUCAAAACGUGCUCUCCUAUUGGCCUUUUGGAGAGUUCCUAUGCCGGGUAGUCAUGACAGCGGACACCAUGAGUCAGUUCACCAGCACCUUCUGUCUGACGGUGAUGUCCAUCGACCGUUAUCUGGCGGUGGUGCAUCCCAUCCGGAGUGCCAAGUGGCGUCGUCCAAGGGUGGCUAAGGUGAUCAACAGCAUGGUGUGGGUGGUGUCCUUUCUGGUGGUGCUGCCCGUGAUCAUUUACUCAGACGUGCAGGACAAGUUCAACUCCUGCAACAUGAGCUGGCCCGAUCCCCAGGAGGUGUGGUCCACAGCCUUCAUCCUCUACACGGCCAUCUUGGGCUUCUUCGCACCGCUGCUCAUCAUCUGCCUUUGCUACCUUCUCAUCCUCCUUAAGGUGCGGUCAGCGGGGGCGCGGGCCGGCCUGACGAGGCGCAGGCGCUCUGAACGCAAGGUCACGCGCAUGGUGGUGAUCAUUGUUGUGGUGUUUGUGUUCUGCUGGCUCCCAUUCUUCAUCACCAACAUGGUGAACCAGGUGUCCCCCAUCCCCGAGACCAGCCUGAUGGCGGGGGUCUACUUCUUCCAGGUCACCCUCACCUACGUCAACUCCUGCGCCAAUCCCUUGCUCUACGGCUUCCUGUCCGACAACUUCAAGCAGAGCUUCCGAAAAGUCCUCUGCAUCCACAAGGCUAACGGUGUGGGUUCUUUGGAAACCGGUCGGCCUCGCACUGAGCCUCUCUUCAUGUCCAGGGACCAUACCCAGGGGUUUAAUGGCCACAUGCAGAUGAAUCAGUGUGUCCAACCUAACACUUGCAACACUGUGAAGACCGAGCUGUUGCCUUUGGAAAGCCCAGUGAUCGGCCAGUCUUCUCUAUGAAACCCUGUCUCUGCUGCCCCCUCACCGUUAACACAGCCAGCAUCUGGAACUCUUUUUUGUUGUUGUAUCCAUUAACCAAACAGACGUCUGACACCCCUGGAGACAAUUCAGGAGCCUCCACAGUUGGACUAAACGGAGAACGAGUUAAGUGGGCCCAAGAUACCUAUCUAGUCUGUUUAAGCCCCAAGCAUUGAUACACUAGCUAGCACUACCAGCUGCCUUGGUGACUUUGAAGAGCCACUGAAUUAAUAGAAGACUGUUUUGCGAGGAGCAAAUGUGCUUCAAUUGUGUGAUUGACAUUUCCAAUACAUCAUGGACUUAUAAAGAGUUUUGUGCAUGAACAUUUAUAAAAUGUAUACUUUGCAUCAGGAAUGCUCUGUGUUUUAAAAUAGUAUGUUGACUUUAAGUUGUAUGAAACAUCAUGUGUAUUGCUAAACAUUUAUAGGUGGAGCCAAGUCAAAAUAUGGGUGUUAUUCAGUUAACGUAGUUACAGAGGAUUAGGGGACGUAGGGCCAAAAACUGCCAUCCGUUUAAUGACGGGCCAAAACCAUGACCGCUCAACCACAGGCUGUUUUCAUGGAUCGAUCAGUGGGUUUAAUGUUGGAAUCUCUGGAUCGCUCUGGAUAAGAGUGUCUGCUAAAUGACUAAAUGAAUCUCUCCAACCAAUCACUAACAGUAAGACCCCCUGUUGGCAACAAGCUGGUGCUUUCCCUCCUAUUGAUGUUGAUGUUGAAUACCAGCCCUCUCAGGACAAACUUAUGCCCAAGGCAAAGGCAGUCCAAGGUGAAGCAGGAAUGGUAUCCUAUUAACUUUUACAAACAAGCACUGACAUAACAAAUCUGGUUACUGUCAUUUCUGAACAAUUAUGCUUUCUGUUUCACUUUCAUUUUCAUUAGUGUGGUGAGCUUGUCUGGAGACAUAUUUAGGAAUCUCUGUCAUCAGUGAUGUAUAACUUAAUGUUCAAACUUGAUUCAUCAGUUUGAAUUAAAUGGGUUAAAUAACUUUGCAUCUGUUUUUGUGUAAAUUACCUUAUUAUUUUAAAGUGCUUGCACUAAUACUUUAUUACUACUUCAUAGUACAAUAGUCAAAGGGAAUGCCCUAUUAAACAUAGGAAAUAUUUGUUUUUGAUGAUUUACAGUAUGGUUUGAAAGAACCUACAGUAUGACUUUAUUGCUUGAAGGCUAUUGGGUCAACGUGUUCUAAAAGUUUGAUUCACAAUUCACUGGUAAACUGUUUAAUAAAUAGCUAAACAAAU